AUGUUUCUCGCUCGGCGGUCAGUGCCUUUGCUUCGUCAGGGGCUGCGACACCAGCAGCCUCGUCGGUUUGACUCUCACGCAGCUCACGCUGAGCAUGCCCACCACGGUCCAGUGAACGAAAGCUUCGGGCGGAGCUUCUAUGUGACGAUCGGUACCUUUGCCUCUGCGUACAUUCUUUACCGCAUCUCCAAGUCCAACCAGGAGUCUGGCUCGCAAUCGUGGAUCUCCAGUCUCAUCGAGAAAUGGACUCCCUCGGAGCAGGUCUUUGAGCAGCGUAAUGCCAUCCACACCGUCGCCAUGGAGAAGGCGGCUCACGAUCGUCAUCUGUUCGGAUCCCAGGGUCCUAGUACUCACCUCGAGUUGCGAUCUGCCGAGAUUUUCAACAGCGGAUCUAUCAUCAACGUCUCUCCUGGCUCGGCUGCCGACCUCAGCGCCGUGGCCGCCCACUAUCAGCGCGAGAACCAGAAAUUAGAGGAGGCGCGUGUUGGGCGUAUGCAGGACGGCAAGGUUGUUUCUCUCUAUGACUAG